AUGGAUGUGGAGAUGCAGAACCGCCGCUAUCGAGACCUCCUGUUCCGUUGCGAUGAGGAGUUCCUCAAGGUGGAGCGCAAGGAGGAGGAGAUGGUCGGCAAGCUCGAGGAGGAGCGCAUGGGCUAUGAUAGAAUGAAGACCUUCUAUGAGACCCAUGAGAAGUCACUUCAGGAGGAGAUCGCCAACCUCAAGGACAAAGUUGGGGAGGCUGAGCUUCACCAUGACUAUCUUGAGUCCAAGGUGCUUGAGUGUGAGGAUCAUAUUGAGCGUCAGAGGCUUACCUUGAGGGAGUUCCACGAGAAGGAGAAGCACCAUGGCAUCAAGAAGCUUGCCCUGGAGGCCCAUUGUAACACGAUGGAGAAGCUGGCUAUGGAGGCUGCUAUCACCACCACCUACAACAUGCAUCACCUGGUUCACUACAUCAAGUGCACCGAGUACCUUCAGGACAAGGAGAUCGGGAAGGUCCGGGACAUCCUCUUACCUAGGAUGUGCAAGAAGCCACGCAGACAGCCCUUCCACGUUGAGGCCACCAAGCUCAACUUCAAGGCUUGCCCAAUGGAGGGUUACUCAGAGGUUCCGAGGAUAGAGAUGCUGGACUACGCUCUCACCUACGUCGCGAGGAUCCACCACUCCGACGACGAGCUCCGUGCCAUGGAGGGCACUCCCAAGGCUUCCACUUCUGGUCCUUCUGCACCACCCGUCACUCCCGGACAGGAGUAG